AUGCAAGAACACGACAUCCUGAUCCUCGGCGCCGGCUGGACCUCGACCUUCCUCAUCCCCCUCCUCUCCGCAAAACGUAUAUCCUUCGCAGCCACCACACGAGAUGGGCGAAAAGUAGCCGGCGUAACAACAAUCCCCUGGACCUUCAACCCAGACGAAGACUCCACCCAGCAAACCUCGAAGAGCCAGUUCUCCUCCCUACCACUGGCCAAACACAUCCUCAUCACUUUUCCCCUUACCGGCCCCGGCCAAAGCCAAAAUCUCGUCAAAGGCUACUCCCUCGCCCACGGCAAUAAGACCGGCGGAAGUGUGAAGUUCAUCCAAUUAGGCAGUACAGGCAUCUGGCAGAUCCCGCAAAAGACCCUCUGGGUUUCAAGAAAAUCACCUUAUGAUACCGAGAACAAGCGCGCCAUCGCCGAGGACGAAUUACUAGGAUUAGACGGCUGCGUGCUCAAUCUCGCUGGGCUAUGGGGCGGGGAAAGAGACCCGAAGAAGUGGGUCGACCGCGUCGCGAAGACAAAGGAGGAUGUCAAGGGGAAGAGGAGCCUGCAUAUGAUUCAUGGGCUUGAUGUCGCGCGGGCGAUCGUGGCGAUGAUGGGACGCUGGGAGCUGUGUAAGGGGCAACGGUGGAUGUUGACGGAUGGCUUCGUGUAUGAUUGGUGGAGUUUGAUGGCUGGGUGGGCGGAUUCGAAGAAUGAGAAUGGUGGUGGUGAUGAAGAUGGUGGGAAGGCAGAUCGGGAGCCGUUGGAUCAGGCGAGGUGGGUUUAUGAGAUUAUGAGGGAGGAGAAGGUACAUGCGUUGCCGAGAUCUAUGGAGGAGCUGGGAAGGUGUUAUUUUGGGAGGGAGUUUUGGGAUCAGUUUGGGUUGGUGCCUUUGAAGGCGAGGAUCUGA